GACGUCAUCAGUAUGCGCUGAUGGAGGUUCCCUGACAGGUUGGGGGAGCAUCAGGACUGCUGAGACCGAUCGCGGAGGGCCAGGAUGGGGGAGGCGGCCGUGCCAGAGGGACCCUGUCCACUGCGAGAGGACAGCUUCACGCGCUUUUCGUCGCAGAGCAACGUGUACGGGCUUGCUGGAGGCGCCGACGGGCGCGGGGAGUUGCUGGCCGCUACUCUUAAAGGCAAGGUGCUCGGCUUCCGCUAUCAAGACCUCCGACAGAAAAUUCGGCCUGUGGCCAAAGAGCUGCAAUUCAACUACAUUCCCGUGGAUGCUGAGAUCGUCUCCAUCGACACUUUCAACAAGUCACCCCCAAAACGGGGCCUGGUUGUGGGCAUCACUUUUAUAAAGGACUCAGGAGACAAGGGCAGUCCCUUUCUUAACAUUUACUGUGACUAUGAGCCUGGCUCAGAGUACAACCUGGACUCCAUUGCAGAGAGCUGCCUGAAUUUGGAACUCCAGUUCACACCUUUCCAGCUGUGCCACGCAGAAGUCCAGGUUGGGGAGCAGCUGGAGACAGUGUUUCUCCUGAGUGGGAACGAUCCAGCUAUCCAUCUCUACAAGGAGAAUGAGGGGCUACAUCAGUUUGAGGAGCAACCCGUGGAAAACCUCUUUCCAGAGCUCACGAACCUGACCAGUAGUGUCCUCUGGCUUGAUGUCCACAACCUCCCUGGCUCAUCCCAGCGGCUCUCAGCCCUGGGCUGCCAGAGUGGUUAUGUGCGCGUGGCUCACGUGGACCAGAAGACUCGAGAGAUCUUGCAGACAUGGACAAUCCAGCAGGAUGGGCCCAUCUCCCGAGUGAUUGUGUUCAGCCUGUCAACCUCAGAGGCAACCCAGAACAGCCCCCCUCAGGAAGGAUACAGUCUGCUUGUGGCCAGCAUGCUGGAGCCAGCUGUGGUGUACUGGGACCUUCUGAACAAGGGCCUGGAUGACCAACUUCUCCUGCCUGGCAGUGACCAGUUUGACAGCGUCCUCUGUGGCCUGGUCACUGAUGUGGACCUAGAUGGACAACCGGAAGUCCUGGUGGCCACCUAUGGACAGGAACUGCUCUGCUAUAAGUACCGUGGACUGCCGGAGGCCAGCAGAGGCUUCCGCCUGUUGUGGCGCAGGAGCUUCGCCAGCCCCCUGUUGGCCAUGGCCCAUGUGGACCUGACUGGAGAUGGCCUGCAGGAGCUGGCCGUGGUAUCCCUGAAAGGGGUGCACAUCCUCCAGCACAGCCUGAUCCAGGCCUCUGAGCUGGUCUUGACACGGCUUCGUCAUCAAGUGGAGAAGAGGAAACAUCAGCAGGGCCUUGGGGACAGGAUGGGUCCCAGGCCUGAGGAGCCCCCAGCCUCCUGAGCACUCCCUCUUCUCAGGUGUAGGUGCCUCAUGUGUAUCAUUGAUGGGGAGUGGGGGGAGCAUCUCAGAAGAGGAGUGCUCCCCUUGGACUCCCCCAGAAGAGGGAUGCUGAGAGUCCCUAGCCCACCCUGGUAUGCUGUGUGACCCUGGCUGAUCACUCCUGUCUGAGCCAUUUGAAAAGAGACGUUCUCAGCCAACCCCUGCAAUCCCAUCAGGUAUUGGUCCCGGAGGACUAUUUAUACAUGCAGAGCAACAAAGCUGCCCUGGCUGUCUUCA